AUGUCAGAUGUGUCAUAUGUAAUUGUGAAUAAUGCUCAUGGUGGAGCAAGUGUAAGAAUACCUAAACCUGUUCGUUUUCAAAACAUAAAUGAUUUUAAGAUUUAUUUACUGCAGUGCUUCAAUAUUGAUGAUAUAAAUAACAUUUUCCUCAUUGGCUCAUUUGGAAUUAAAAUAAAUUAUACAUUGAUAAAUGAGUUAACUGACAUUUAUUUGUAUGAUAAAAGAUUGUUCGUCAAUGAUUUCAACAAAAACCUUAUUCAGUCAUAUAUAGCAUUAUCAGCAACAGCUAAUGAAAACGAUGUUCAACCACCGAGAGGACCACCUAUAAAGGAAAACUCGAAAUUUGGUGAACCAGGCAUUGAGAAUCGAAUCAAAAUAUAUCAAGUAUGGUCAUCAAACUUGAAUCGUGAUUGUAAAGUGCUAGAAAAAAAUUGCUCAACCCUAACACUACAAAUUAACACCAUGUUUAAAUCAUUGAAUAUAUUAUUUCAAUUUGCAUCAAAUUUUACUAAUGAAGCUGAAAAAAAUUUCAAUAAUCAUUAUAAUCACAUUAAAAUGAUUAAUUAUAAAACUUUGCAUAAGUCAUGGAAUACAAACUAUAAAAAUUUACAACAACUACCGGAUAUAAAGAUCAAAGAUAUUAAAAUUAGAUUAGUUAACUAUCUUAAUGCUGAGGAAUUGUUAAAAGCGUCUAAUUUUGUGGCCAAACAUUUUCCAUUAGUGUUAGGAAAAUUCAAUGAGUUGAGGAAUUUGGUUAAAGAAAUGAAUGAGGAUAAAGCAACCAUUGAUAAUUUAAUUGAAUCAUCAAGAAAUAGUUCCAUAUCUCAGUUUAAGAACACUGACGUUAAGGAGUUGAUGAAGAAAUUACAAACCCUUUUUGAAAAGGUGAAUUUGGACUUUGGUUCUCAAAAUCGGCCAAUAACAGAGUUGAAUAAUUCAUAUGAUAUACACAAGUCAAAAGUAGCUAAUGAAAUCAAAGAAAAUGCGGAUAAAUUGUACAAUCAUUACAUUAAAUUGAGCUCAUUUCGAGACAAGAUUACACUAGAAAGUCCCAGAAUUUUUAAUACAAUUGCUAACUUGCAGAUGAAAUCAGUUAAUUUGAAAGCAGCACUAAGACAAUUAACAGAGGAUUUGGGAGAAAAUUCAUCAAAUGAAAUUAACUUUAAAAUAAUAUCUGAGAUUAAAAGAGCAGAAGACUAUUUGUCUUUGACGAUAGAUUUACCAUUACUAUUUGGAUUUGAAUUAAUUGAAAAACGGAGACAAUUUGAAUGGUAUGAUUUUUAUACCAAAGGUCUAGUCAAUAAUAUUGGUGAACAAAUCUCAAAUAUCAACAAUCACGAAAGAGCCUUUAGAGAAAUUUGGAAUAAAAAAUUUGGUGUAUUUUUAAAUUACAUUGAGAAGGAUAAUUUUAUUGGCACUUUACCUAAUGUAGACAUAAGCUUAGUCAGCAAAAAUGAUCCAAAGGAUAAUAAUUUUUUGAUUUUGAGAGGGAUUGACAUUGACAGGGAGGAUAUUAUCAAUUACAUUUCCAUAUUGGAAUCUCAUACUAGCGUCUCAAGAUCUUUUCCUGACUUGUUACAUAAAAAUUUUCAAGAUAUGAAAAAAUCAACCAACAAUAUGAAAAGAGUAACAAAAGUCGUAUCUUCGUUAGGUACAAUAACUGUAAUGAAUGAAAGCAAACCUGACGACCUGUCGAAUAUUGACAAAAGUAAAGAAGAUUUGGACGUUGAUUUGAAUGUCAUAAAAGGUUUGAAAUCUAGGAUUAGAAAACUUGAAAGUUUAUUGCAUCAACAACAAUAUAAAAACAUUACAAAUUGGCCAGUGAUAAGAAAUGGUUCAUAUGGAGAGAAUAGAAUGAGUAUGUUAAUAGACUCAAAGCAACAACAAGCACAAUCUCAACCUCCUUCCCAACCUCAAAUAUCUUCACAACCAUCAUCAGCAUCUAUUGUAAGGCUGGACCCUACAAAAUUGCUACAUAAAAGAACAUCAUCGAAGGAGAGUAUUCCAUCAAUCAACCAGCAAAACAACCAAUCACAAACACUUGAUUCAUCAAGUAUAGACAAACAUCUUGACAAUAUAAAAUUGAAAAGAACAAAUACUGAUUUAAUAUCUCAAAAUGACAAUUUACUUAAACAACAUCAAUCCAAAGAUGCAAAAAUUUUACAAUUGAAACAACAAAUUGAAUCUAUGCAAUUGGAACAUUCACAAAAAAUCUCAGAGUUAAAUUCUAAAGUCAGUGAAACUCAAGAAGAAUACAGGUUAUUCAAGAUUGAAAACAAAUUAGAGCACAAGCAAUUUGAAAAUUUGGAAAACAAAUUGAGAGCAAAAGAUGAUGUAAUUAAUACUUUAAAUGAAAAGAUCAAAAAUUACGAGGAAACACAAAAGACUCAUUCAAGCGAAUUAUCAAGUCUAAGUGAAACUUUAACUGUUUUAAGAAGCGAAUUGAAUGAUGCAACAAAAAUGAAGAAUGAUUUGUUAUCUAAUAUGUCAUCGAAGGAGACUGAAUUUUCUCAGGAACGCAAUAAUCUUAAUAAUGAAAUUGAAAGUUUGAAACUGAAAUUAGAGGAAGUUAGUGAAGAUUAUGAAAAUUUAAUGGAAUUGACUCAAGUAAAGCAUACUAAACACGAUUUAUUAGUAAAUGACUUGAACAAUGUUGUACUCAAUUUAAUGAAUCAUAUCAAAUUAUUAGUUCAAAAAUUAUUUGAAGAGUUUUUAGACUUUUGCUUUUUAUUAGAAUCGAUGGGAUUAUUAUUAGUAGAAGAAGACAAUAUUUACAAAAUAAAAAGAGUUAAAGGUCUUAAAUUUAAAAAACCUGCUAAUCAAGAUGAUGAAGUUUCGAUGGUUUCAAUGGAUGUUCCAACAUCAAAAGUUAUUGAUGAAAUUGAGAAUAAACUAACUUGGAUUAAUGAUAUUCCAGAUUUGAAAUCAAUAGUAUCACCAGAUAGUGCUUCAUCUGAAGAUGGAGCUGAAAUGGUUGAUAGAUAUAAGGAUCAAUCAGAAAAAUUAUUUGAACUUUUUAAUAAAUUAUUCAAAUUUGAUACAUCUGAGGUAUCCAAAUUUGAAAUUUUUUUCAGUUCAAUAAAUUUUAAAGAAAAUGUUCAAUUAGCUGAUGAAAAUUCUACAAAUCAGAAAUUUUUCAUCAAUGCAAUUUCUAAAAGAUUUAAAGAUGUUGAAGCAUUCGCGAAGAAGCAAACCAAAGAUAAUAAAUCAAAAGAUCAAGAGAUUAAAAAAAUGAUUUUAAGAAAUAAAAAUAAAAUUUCAAUAAAUUCUUUUAAAGAGAAUGAUUUACUUUUGUUUUUACCAACAAGAAUCGACAGACCAAAAAAUUUGACAAAUAAUAAUAAUGGUUUUAAAUUAGAAUCCACUGAAUCAAAAUUACAACCAUGGGCUGCUUUCAAUGUUGGUGCUCCUCAUUAUUUUUUAAAAGAUACAACUAAUUUAAUUGAAGAUUUAAAAUCAAGUGGUAAAGAAUGGUUUAUUGGAAGAGUUCGUAAAAUUGCAGAGAAUAAAGUUACUGAAGAAAAUUUUGAUUCUCAGGAAUUAAAUCCAUAUCAAUUAAGUGUUGGAGUUACCUGGUAUCUGGUUGAUGCAAUUGAAGAUAAAUAA